ACCCCCCAUUUCCUCAGCAGUCAUAAUAUCUGAACCUCAUCCGUAACUUACUCUCACUUGCUUUACCUGUCUCCUGUCUGGUCUGCCGCCGCUUCCUCGAAGGUUGUGAGAAGCCAUUCCAUGAUGGCGAACUCCAGUACCUUCAGAAUAGACAACGCCACCCUUGCCCUGUUUAAGGAUCACAACACCGGAAUCGCCAUCUCUGUCAUCUAUAUAUUCAUCAGCCUCUUGAACCUGGUGGGAAAUGGUCUCUCCUUGUGGAUCCUCUUGUUCCGCACCUCCCCCAAGACUCCGUCAAUCAUCUUCAUGUUACAUCUCACCCUCACUGAUCUGGCUCUCGGCACUGCGCUGCCUUUUCAGAUGGUCUACCAGCUCAAAGGAUACCACUGGAAUCUGGGACCCAACAUGUGCAGUUUCCUGACCAUGGUCUUCUACACCAACAUGUACUGCUCCAUCCUGACUGUGAUGGCCAUUGGCAUCGACCGCUACCUAGGCAUCGUCCGGCCAAUGCUCUUCAGGCAGACCAGAGAGAGGAAGUCUGUCGCCGUCUUUAGCUGCAUCCUCAUGUGGGUUGUUGUUCUCGCGGUCCUGUACCCACUGAUGACCACAGACCUGACCUUUGAUAUCCCUGAACUCGGGAUAACCACAUGCUUUGACAUGCUGAAGAAAGACAUGCUUCCCAACAAGGCGGCCUGGGCGCUCUUUGUGUUUGCCAUGGUGUUCGUCCUCUUCUUCUUCCCCUUCUGUGUCACGGUAUUCUGCUACAUCAGGGUGAUUUGCAAACUGGCCAGUGAUCGCAAGACGAGGCAGAAAAAGAGAGCAAUAUAUCUGGCUGUGGUUGUUAUCCUGGUCUAUACUUUGUGCUUUGCUCCUAAUAACAUCCUGCUGCUGGCUCAUGGUAUCACAAAACUCUUCUAUGGUCGGUCUCUCUACAUGGCCUACAAGCUGUCCCUCUGUCUCAGCUGCAUGAAUAGCUGCCUGGAUCCCUUCAUUUACUACUUUGCCUCCAAGGACUUCAGGCAGAAGCUGAGACGCAUAUUGAAGCUGCAGAGCCAGAGCAGCGCUGAGUCAACGAGGAAUGAGCAUAAAGAAAGUAUUUACUCAGCGCACUGCAACUUUACUGAAGGUCAAGACAAAGAACCCAGUAAAGUGAGUCUGAUGCCACAGUGCACCUCUAAAUGAAGAGAGGGAGUGAGAUGAAAAGGAGUGAGAGUGAGAAAGACGUCAGAGAAGUAGAGAAAGAAAGAAAGAAAGAAAGACAGAAAGAAA